AUGCCGAUGGCCGAGAACGAGCCGCGGCCGAUGCUGCGCUGUGCGAGAGACCAGAUAAUUACGCACGGCCCGGCAAUGUACGAAACGAAUGCCACCACAUACUUGCCGGAAGGCGAACAAAGCAAAGUCGGAAGCCACAUUCCAGCCGCGCCUGUAUGCAGUCAUAUGGAAACACGACAAGUGCACCAGGAAGCCAAAUCGCAAGAUAUUUUUGACUCUUGGCGCACCGCACAAAAAUAUAACGAGGUAGGCGAGCGUGCUCUGGAGAGCACAGCAGCGAUCGAUACGCCGGAUAUGGGCCACAUGCUUGCAUCCGCAGCUCCUCGCGUACAGCAAAUGCAGAAUGGCGAGCCCGUGUAUGAGGAUCUGAUUUGGUACAACCCCUUUGUCCCAGAGUUGCCGGCCCCUAUACCAUAUGCCGGCCAGCCGCGGGUUCGGGGCUGUCUCCAUCCCGGCGCUAUCUUUAAAGGCACGCAGCGCAAUGGGAUGAACAGUUAUCAAGUGCAGGCAGAAAUUACGAAUGUGGAUAUGUGCGCUUCUACACUGGGUGGCUAUCUCAAAAUCCGCGGCCUGACAAAAGAGUGGCCCGAACUGACCACCUACUUUGAAUCCGAGAUUGUGGGCCGCGACUAUACAUUCCGCACAGGAAAGUGGAACGCAACAGAGAGUGACGAUGUAAAGCACUGGUCUCGCUUCCCCCAAUUCUCUGCCUUGUCGCAGCGCAUUGGCGGCUUGGAUGCGCAGUACGACCACCUCGCCGAGCCAGUGCUGUUUAUGCGCUGGAAAGAACAGUUUCUCGUGCCCGAUCAUCGCGUACGCCGCGUCAAUGGCGCCAGCUUUUCUGGGUUUUACUACAUGUGCAUUGCAUUUGACACGCCUCGGCGCACCGCCGCGCCAAAUCCCGGCAAUAUCGAUGCGCUCCAGCGCCGCGAUAGCACUCUUUCCGAAGACGCGGCGAUGGAAGAUGCACCGCAGCUAGGCUCGUGUAUAUGUCCGCCGCCACGCUCUUUUCUCCCAAGAUGCGAGCCAAUCGAGCGGCACAGCACGCUACGUGGGUUCUACUUUCAUGAAAAUUCCGAACCAUACCAGGAGCUUGCACUUGACUACUUGCCAUCGCUCUCCAGCGGCGCAUUCGCGCUACAAUAG